AGUGACGGUCAGAUCUCUUCCGGCAACAAGAUGGAAAAAAGGGUCAGGGUUGCCUGUCAAUUCUGUAACCGCAGAAAAAUCAGAUGCGACGGAAUCGUGCCCUGUAUGCAUUGCGAGAGAAGAGGUAUUGAGUGCGUCUAUCCAGCAGGAGGACGGUGCCAGUAG